AUGCGAUUUCCUCCAUCACAAACAGAAGAGGAGAAUAUCCAAGGGCCAUUAGCACCCAAAACAGGCGUGAGAGCUAGAAGGAACUCCGCAGAUCCGCAUGCAAUCUUCUCUGUCAUACAACGAGGCGGAAAAAACACUAUAGGGCCGAAAACAUCUGGUAUCGGGGCUUCUAGCAUUCGAAGUCUGCACGCCAAGAGCAGAGAAAUCCGGAGCUACUGUGGUGAAAGUCGAUCAUCGAUAUCGAUUUCUGAAAUCGCGAAGGACUCAAGAAUAGCGAAGAUAUCGCCUCACUAUCCACCACCAAAGAAAGGAUUGAGACGGAAAAGCGAUAGAGGAAGUUCGGUAGAAGAGCUAACCAAAUCAAAAGGGUCGUCAGCGUAAGUAAAACCCCCUUUUGAUCACAUUCUCUGGCCUAACCGGAAUUCUUAUUCCACCAGGACCCUUUUUUAUUCUAUCGGUGAUUUCUCCAAACUUGUUCGGAGCGCCAUCUGGUGGUGGGUCGAACUGCCUUUCGCUUGGUGGAAUCGAGAAUUUGUGAAUCCAUUCCGAAACGCUUCAAAGAACACCUUUCAAGGAAAAUUUCGGUGCACAUCAAGCGGAAUAGUUGCAAAAGGCGUUUUUGCUUCGCUACGUUGCUGUUUUGGAACGCCCCGCAUUAAGCGGAACUGCAUGGCACGUGCUCAAGGCAUUGGUGGAACAUUUUUCCAAGCAAAGCAGAAGGUGGAAGUGCCACUUAAUUUCGGAAAGGUGCGCUCAAGCAGCUGUGCAGAUUGGCAUACUUCAGUGUCGACUGGAAUCGGUCGCGUCACCCGUAAGGAAGCGCUCUCUCGGAGAACCGAUCCAAUAUUCUUUUCUUCGUCUGGCAAAAGGCGAUCUUCUCGAGUUUGCAUGCCCAUCGUGCAAGCGUGCGCUCCAUUCCUUUGUCACGGAGCUGUAAUAACAGAAGCAGAAAGAUCUCUGGGCAUUGUUUGUGGCUGGCCAUUCCGAUUCAGCACACCAUCGGCGCUGAGGAACGCUUACCGGCCGAGAAUCGUCGCAGUACAA